GGUUCAAGCCUCUGUGUGAGUCGAAUCAGGAGGAAGUACUGCUCGCUAAGCAGCGUGACGUUAGCCUAUAGAAAGAUUUCUAAAUGUAUUUUGCAACGCUCGUGCACGCGACACGAACGGUGUAGUCACCCUGUUUGACAUUUUUCUAACUUGACGUCGUCUUCAGUCCAGUCAGAGUUCAUUGAAGAACAGGAAGUUACCAAACCACAGAAGAUGAAAAUAUAUGGUAUUCGGUGAUGGCUUUAUGGGUUAGCUAGCAAUUUGUAAAUAAUUACCUAUUCCUUUGAUGUUUGCCAAUUUGUCAGCCAUGAUGACCCAUGGGUUUAAGAGCAGUAAGCAAGACUUCACAUUCGGACCAUGGAAAGUAACUGCUGCAAAAACCCACAUUAUGAAAUCUAAGGACAUUGAACGGUUAGGGGAGGAGAUGCACAUGCCCUCGCUCCCAGAGAUGCUGUUUGGGGACAACAUCCUACGCAUCCAGCACACAGACGGUUAUGGCAUUGAGUUCAAUGCCAUCGAUGCCCUCAAGAGGGUCAACAACAUGCAUGACUCUGUGAAAGUGGCCUGUGCACAGGAAUGGCAAGAGAGCAGGGCUGAUUCUGAACACUCCAAAGAGGUAGUUAAACGCUACGACUGGACAUACACCACAGACUACAGAGGCACCUUGUUAGGAGAGGACCUGCAGAUGACGGCGACAGAAACGUCGGAGCGCAUUGACAUGGAGAAACUGAAGGCGCGAGAGCAGAUCAUGUUCUUCGACGACGUGCUUUUGUUUGAGGACGAGCUGCACGACCACGGAGUGUCCAUGAUCAGCGUCAAAAUAAGAGUGAUGCCCACCAGUUUCUUCCUGCUUCUGAGGUUCUUCCUGCGAGUGGAUGGAGUUCUGAUCCGUAUAAACGACACGCGGCUCUACCACGAGGCUGGAAAGAAUUACAUGAUCAGAGAGUAUAGUACUCGAGAAAGCAACAUUUCAGAAUUGCAGAACGUCCCUGCUGCUCUGUACACCGACCCCAAUGAGAUCUCCCAGCACUUAACCCUGAAACUGACUAAGUGUGAAAAGCUGGAGCUCCCUGAGACAGGCCCUCAGCCAGGGAACACAGAGGCCCUCCAGUGAUGGAGAGCAGGCUGGGCACUAUGACUGGACAUCACAUUCACUUGUGUCUGGACUUAAGACAAGGGCAGGCCAACCAAGGAAGAGUUUACCCUCCCUCCCUUUAUUUUGUAUAAACUGAGAACACUGCACCUGCCUCCCUCCACACAACAAAAACAAAGUUCAUAGAACUUAAUUUUGGUCAAGUGGCCUCUUAUUUUGAGUGUUAUUUCACAUUUCCUCUAUGUAAAUGUUUUGGUUGGAAAAUUGUGAUAAUUGCGUCUUUUCUAUUAGAACACCACAUAAUAGUUGUGUUGAAUUCUAUGUAACGUAGUCUGAUACUUGAAGGUUGUGCUAUGUUAAAUGCAUGCAGCGUUGGCUUGGAUAUCACAGAGAUGGCUACACUGAAAAAAAUAUAUAAACACAUGUAAAGUGUUGGUCCCAUGUUUCAUGAGCUAAAAUAAAAGAUUGCAGACAUUUUUCAUAUGCACAAAAAGCUUA